AUGUUUUUUCAACCGUCUCCCGGCGGCCGACGACCGAUCUACUGUCUUGCCCCAAAAAGACGACUGAUUUUCAACGGGGUGCUGCCAUUCCUCAAAGCUGGCAACGAAGUCGAUGGCAUCUCGCCAUUGCCGACCUCCACCGUCUCCCACCCUAUCUCCGCCGCCGUCACUGUAUGUCACAAGAGCCGGUGGGCGGCGGUUCAAUAUGUCGACGGGACAGGUGCGGUCGCAGCCGAAUCUGGUGUCGGAUUCUGGUUAGUCGAGGCGGCGGCGAGAACCUGCACGGUGUUCGGUGGCGGGGCUGACGGACGAUUAGAAGAAGUUAAUCUUCCCCGACCGGAAUUUAAGAGCUCUCUUCCGCUGGCUAACAUCCGACCCGAAUCUGAGAGCGGGCCGCGGCAAAAUUGGGGUACCGUCACCACAGUUCUCCGCCACCGCCAUCCACCACAUACUCGCUGGAGGUUCAACAUAGAUCUCGCCAUUGCCGACCUCCACCGUCUCCCACCCUAUCUCCGCUGCCGUCACUGUAUGUCACAAGAGCCGGUGGGCGGCGGUUCAAUAUGUCGACGGGACAGGUGCGGUCGCAGCCAAAUCUGGUGUCGGAUUCUGGUUAGUCGAGGCGGCGGCGAGAACCUGCACGGUGUUCGGUGGCGGGGCUGA